AAAAUAGCAUGUUUUACUUGCCUUUACAUAAAAAGGAAGGCUUUAAUUUGAAAACUCUAGAAACUAGUUGGAAUACAAUGCAUGAACAUAAAUUGUAAAGAUGUUUGGAGGGAAUAAUCCGCCAACAGGAACAACUUCAUUUACAUCAACUACAAAACCAUCUGGUUUUUCAUUUGGACCACCUGCAGUCAGCAGUACACCAGGUGGAGGUGGUGGAGGGUUUAAUUUUGGAGGUGCAACUCAGCCAACAGCCUCCGCAGGUACAUCAGGAUUUGGUUUUGGAGGAACCACAGCACCAGCUCCUACAUCUGUACCACCACCAGGAUAUUCAUUUGGUGCUGGAACACAAGCUACAUCUGGUUUCUCAGGAGGAGGUAACCAACCAACAAUUGGGCUGCCUCAAGCUGGCGCAACCACGCAACCAGGAUCUGGAUUUUCUUUAGGUGGUGCAACUACCCAACCAGUAUCAGGAUUUUCACUUGGUGGUACAACUACCCAACCAGCAUCUGGAUUUUCAUUAAGUGGUGCAACUACCCAACCAGCAACAGGUGGUUUCUCAUUAGGUGGAAUAACUACCCAAACUUCAGCACCAGGGUUUUCAGCUGGAGGUACAACAGUAACACAUCCUUCAGCAACAAGUACAGCACAGCCAGCUGGUGGUUUGAACUUGACCAGACCAACAGGACAAACCACAGCACAACCAACAGGUGGUUUUAAUUUGUCAUCACAGCCAACAGUUAGUCUUGGUGGUGGUUUAACAAGGCCUGUGCAGCCAUCAGCAGUACAGCCAACAGCUACAUCAGCUCCAGGUAUAUUUGGAGGAGGAUUAAAAUUAGGAACAGCACCAGCCUCAGCUACAACAUCCAGUACACAACCAGCUAACUUGGGUGUGGCCUCAGGAUUCUCCCUUGGUGGGGCUACUACUUCAGCUGCUCCAUCAUUGGGUGGAGUUGAAAAAACAAAGACAGCUACAGUUGGCUUUUCACUCCCUACAACAGUAGCUGCUAGCUCUGGUACUGCAACAGCUCCACAGAAACAGAUGAACUAUCAGCAACUCGAAGAAAAUAUAAAUAAAUGGAUGCAAGAACUCGAAAAACAGGAAAAAGAGUUUUUAGAACAAGCAACUCAUGUUAAUGCAUGGGAUAGGUUGCUGGUAGAAAAUGGUGAAAAAAUUACCUGUUUGAAUAGUGAUAUGGAGAGAGUGAAGGUAGAACAACAAAAACUAGACCAUGAGUUGGAUUUUAUAAAAUCACAACAGAGAGAACUAGAGGAGAUGUUAAAUCCUUUAGAGAAAUCUGUUGAGGAACAACCUAAUAUCAGCUUCCAACAACAUGCAGACUUGGAGAGGGAAAACACUUACCAGUUAGCAGAAAAUGUUGAUGCUCAGUUAAAGAGAAUGUUACAAGAUCUGAAAGAGAUUAUUGACCAUCUUAACACGUCGAAUGCUAGUCAAGAUAAUACUGACCCAAUAUUCCAGAUUACACAGAUAUUAAAUUCACAUAUGGAUUCAUUACAAUGGAUAGAUCAAAAUUCAGCUGUAUUGAAGAGACAUGUUGAAGACAUAUCAAAACAGAUGGAAUCACAAAGAAAACAAGAAGAAAAAAACUUCCGUCUUGUUUAUCAAUGAUCAAAGACACAUGUUACUCUGAAUCUGUGUUAUCGUUUGUACAGUUUACAGUGCAGGAUAAGACCCUUGAAUAAUUGUUGUACAUCAUUAAUUAUAGAUAAACACAUGUUUUCUUAACACAUAAAGCUACAGGUGCUUUUUGAUUUGUAUGUGCAUCUAAGAAAAGCAAAGUAUUUACUUAGAAUGAUUGAAUUACACCCACCAGUAAAUGCAUAUAUGUAACUUUUUGUACAAACACCUACUUCUUGUACAAAUAUUUUGUGCAAUAAAAAUAUUCAAACUUGA